UUAAUUUUAGAUAAAUAAAAACGUUUAAAUUUUUCUCUACGAAACGUCUUGGUAAAUCUCCAAAAGUUAUUUUUAAGUACUGGAUGAAAAAUUGAGGUUAAGAAAUUGAAAAAGUGUGGUUAAGUUUAUCUGUCAUGUGGAGGAUUGAAAGAUUUUUUUCAACGAAACCUUCUGUUGAUUCACCAAAAGCUGUUUUUAAGUAUUUGAUGAGAGAGUGUGAGAAAUUACCUAAAGGACCACAAGAACAUUAUAAGUUUCAAAUAAAACAGAGUUAUAAACAAUAUAAAGAUGAAACUGAUCCUGCUAAAAUCGAACAGUUAAUAUUGAGAUCUUAUCAUGAUAUUGAUUGGCUUAUGAAGAAGUAUUUAAAUAAAUAAUAAGAUGGAUAUUCCUUUAAUUACGAGUGGUUGUACUGUAUCUUUAGAUAAAUAUUGGGAAUCUGUUAUGGUUUGUCACAAUAGACCUCAAUUAGUCAACAAAAAAUUAAUGGGUGUUACUCAAGCUUAUUUUUAUUCAGUACAAUCAUCUCUUACAAACUUAUUGGAGUUUUUAACACGUUCUGCAAUUCUUUAUGAAACCAUGAAGUUACCACAAUUAACCAAAAGUAACAUUUGUAAUCUCAUAAACGAUAUCUUGAAACCUUAUGAUAAAAACUUGGUUCUUUAUGAAAUUGAUUUAAAUGAUUUUAAUUCAUCAACAUCAGGAAUUUUUAUUUCUUUAAGAAUUCUAAUUCCAAAACUAUCAAUACAUAAAAAAUGCGUAGAAAUUGUUGUAUUGAAUAAAAAUAAAAAUAUUGCAAGCUUUAUAGCUGGUAUGGAGUCAAAUGAAAACAUAGCACCUAACUUUCUUUAUAAUUUAGAAUUGAUGUCUUCAAACCAUGUUCGUUGUACAGUUAACAACUUUGAAGAUGCUGAUACAAACAGUGCUAAUUGGUUAGUUGAUAAAUUAUUUAUGAAAUUGAUUAAAUGGGCUCAAGAAGAAUUAAAAGAACCACCACAAGAAUCUGUUAAAUUAAUUUCCAUAGAUGCAUAUUUUGAUUUGUAUGUCAAUUUAAAAGAAAAAUAUGGAAAAGAUAUGGUUAAGAUUUGGCCUGAAAAUACGGAUCCUCUUAAAUUUGUUUAUGAAGAUAUAGCGAUUGCCACAUAUUUAAUAUGUUUAUGGAACACCUUAAAAACAUCUAAAAAACCAUCAUUUGUUGAUCUAGGGUGUGGAAAUGGUUUGUUAGUUUUUAUUUUAUCACAAGAAGGUUACAAUGGUUUUGGUAUUGAUGUAAGAAAAAGAAAAAUUUGGGAUUUAUACCCUAAAAGUGUAAUUUUAAAAGAAAAAACUAUCAUUCCCUCAUCAAACUAUUUAUUUCCCGAAAUUGGUUGGAUAAUUGGCAAUCACUCUGACGAAUUAACACCUUGGAUUCCGGUUAUUGCUUCAAGAAGUUCAUACAAAACGAAUUUUUUUCUUCUUCCUUGUUGUAGUUAUGAUUUCUCUGGGAAAAAAUAUUCUAGAUUAAACACUUCGAAAAGUGUUUAUAAUGAAUAUAUUGAGUACAUUGAGGGGAUUUCAAAAACUAGUGGAUUCAAUGUUAAAAUUGACAAAUUAAAAAUUCCUUCAACUAAAAGAACUUGUUUAAUUAGUUUUGGAAGAACAUAUAAAAAUGAUAGAAAUCAAUUUGCUAUGAUAGAUCAAAAAUUGGAUGAUCUCAUAAAAAGUAAAACAACUUUAAAUCAAUUUGAAUUAGAUGAUGGAGUUAGUUCAUAUGGUGAUUUUAAACCACGACCUCAAGAGGAAAAAGUGAGAAAUUGCACUAAAAUCAAUAGAAAUGUUGUAAAUAGAGUCGUUUUAAAAAUAGUUAAUAAACUAUUAGAAGAGAAAAACUAUUUAAAAGGAUAUAAUGGAAAUUGGAAUUGUGGUGGAUCUUUUUCAAUCAAAGACUUAACUGGUUCUAUUUCAAAAGACGAUCUGAAAGAAUUAAAAAAUAAUUGUGGUGGGUUACAAACGUUGAUGAGAAAUCACCGAUAUAUUUUUGAGGUUGAGAAAGGUUAUGUGAAAAUAAGAGUUCCUUCUACUUUUGACAAAGUUGCCAAGUACAAAGAGAAGCUUUGUUGGUUUUUUAAUAAUCAUCCAGAUGGAUGUUUACAUAGUUUUGGUGAUUGUUGUUAUAAUCAUGUUUCAAUAAAGGAUUCAUAAUUAAUA